AGAAUUCGGCUCUCGCUGCUGAUUGGGCGAGAAUGCAGAGGAGACCGUGAUUGGCGGUAAACUCCGUCAGAACCUGUUGGAACUCGCAAGAAGUUGCAGAAAAGAGAAUUGCGAGAGAAAAAGAAACACACAGACGCAUUCUUCUGAGUCUGAUCAGAUUGCCAGAACAGGAGGACAUUCUCUCACGGAAUAAGCCAUUGACGGCAUUCAUUGACGAUCGUGCCGUGUCGUGUGCCAUGUCUUUUGCUUGCACACAGUCGCAAUUUUGUUUAUAAUUUUUGUGGGAACUCCAGAAACUGCAAAUUCAUGAUGUUCGGAAACAACUAUGAAAACAAUAAAUCUUCCACCGUGCUUGAUGGACAAAAGGUUACGAACGGUCUUUCGUGCAACAAAUCUAUGGAAGUGUCCGAAGCUGGUGAUACAACUCUUGGAGACAAUUCCAUCAUCAGCAUGAUGAACAACCUGUCCACUGAUGAGGCCAUUGAUCGUCUGGACGAGAUUGCAUCAGAUUUAAGCUCUAACUCUGCCCAAUAUGAUGCUGAUGAGCUUGAGAGAUAUUUCCUGGAUGACGAGAAAAUAACUCCUCGGAAGCCACUGAAGAGAGGAAUUGAGAAAACUCCAGGCAUCCGUGAACUCAGCAUUCUGAAAAACUGGUCGGCGCCAAAUCUGAUGAAGGGAGGAGGCGAAUUCGAGGAGGACAAAAUCACCCUGAUUCUCGGCGUCGGCUUCUCGGUCAUCGACUAUGCCAAAACUGCUGUUGAAAUGGGAUACGUGUCCAACGAGGCAAGCAGCAGUGAUGACGAGGAGGAAACUUUCUAUGGAAAAACUGCAAGCCCUUGCUCCAACAAGAGUCUCGUCAGCUGGGACAGCUGCAAGACCAUGUCUCCUGGGCCUGAUCCCUGCGAGCUGUCUGAAUUCAAGUUGCUCAGCAUGGAGAGAGAAUUUGAGACUGCGAAAGAAGAACAAAAACAAGUGGAGACUGAACAAAAUGAGGCUAAAAUUCUAUUGUCUGGAAAAUGUGGUUGUGGCGAUCCUGAUUCAGCUUAUAAGAAGAUUGAUGUCAGUCCUAGUGUGGAAAAGCUGACGAAGAAUGAGAUUGAUGAAACUGAGAGAGAGGAAAAGAUUUGUGUCCCUACUGAAGAAAUUGGUCAAUUCUUGGAUCUUCCGGAAAUAAUUGAGGAAAAUCUUGCUGAUUGUGGCAAAAAAAUCCAUGAUUUUGUUGAUGCGUUGAUUGCCGAGGCAAAAGAGUCUUUGUGGAGGAAGGACGAGGAGGAAACUUUCCAUGGAGAAACUGCAGGCCAGAAUCUCGGCUGGGACACCUGCAAGACUAAAUUUGCUGGACCUGAUCCCAGCAAGCUGUCUGAAUUCAAUAAGUUGUUCAGCAUUGACGAGGGAAAAGAAUUUGAGACUGACAAAGAAGAACAAAAACAAGAGGAGACAGAACAAUUUGAGGCUCAAAUUCUGUUGACUGGAAAAGGUGAUUGUGAUGAAUAUGAUUCUGCUGAUGAGAAGAUUAUAGUCAGUCCUAGUAUGAAAAAGUUGAUUGGGAAUGAAGUUGAGGAAUUUGAAAAGAUUCGUCAGGAUCUUCCGAAAGUAAUAGAUAACAACCUUGUUGACCCAAUCGUCCACGAUGUAGUUGAUGGGAUGAUCUCCAACAUAGUGGAGACUUUGUGCUGCAAAGACAAGGAGAAGGAAAAUGAUGCAGUGAUACCUCCUGCAGACGAAACAGACUUUUGGGACAAAUACAUGAUUAUAAAAUCCUCCCUGUACCAUGAGAUUUGCAUGCUUGUCAAAGACGUAAAGGAACUCAAAAUGAAAUCUGGCAAAAAUGAAUAUCUCACAGCUCCCUUUGAUGACGCAACUCUGUCUCGUCUGGAGAGGGUUGUCAGUUUGAUCGACGAGCCUCCGAAUGAAGAAAGCCAGGCUCACUGCCUCGACGCUCAGUUGGGCAGAGCUACUAAAAGGUGCCCCUACACAAGGGACGACAUCAUGCAUUUGAGGAUGGUCUACAACGAGGCCGUCAAACCUUCCCUCAGCUACGACAGAGACACUCUUCUGGACUUAAAAAAUUCAGCUUUGUCACAGAGGAAGCCAAGCCUGGACGAAGAUCGGGCUAAGAAUGUGAUGCUGAAGUAAUUUUUAAUAUGAUUUCAUCUUUAUUUUCAACAUCACAGACACCAUGCGAGCAUUUUAUCUUCUCGUAAAAUUACAUUAAUUUACAACAACGUUUGCAUUACACUUAAUAGUUCUCUUUCAUUUCAUGUGAAUUUAUUCUGGCUUUCGGAAAAUAUCAUACAUAUGAUUUCUGCUUGUUCCCCAAAAGUUGUGUUUGGGAAUGUAAGUUUUCACAUUGAACAUAUUUUUAUUUAUUUCAAAGUAGUGCCAGAAGUUUGCCUUACAAACUAUACAACUAUAAUUAAGAUUUUUUGAUUUCCCACCAUUAUCAAAACAAGGGAGCAACUCUUUGGUUAUGAUUUAGGCGUCUCCUUUGGCCAGAAUGUUUGGCACCUGCAGAAAAUAUUUUCAUUUUUAAAAGAAAAAUGUAUAUCAAUUGAGCAAUAAAAAGUAUCAAACACA